CCGUUUUUGAAAAUUAAAGGAGUCGGUAGAAGGAUCACAGCCCAAAGUGUCGCACAGGCCUCGUCUCCUUUUUCAGCGCGUAUCGGAUUUAAAAACAGUCCUUGAACCGUGAUUUCGAACGGUGUCUUCCCAACAGUACCUAUCUCGAUCGUCAACAUACUUCAACAUGGCGGAGGAAGCACAAAUGUCUCGCAAGAAUGCAGUGGAGAGCCAGACGAGUUCUCAUGUAGCAGAUGGACUGCUGUCAGUAAUUCAGCCUGUUAUAUACGAGACGGACUUGCGUAUUGUAGGAGUACGACAAAGUCAAAAUGAACUCAACAAAGAGAUUGAACGCUUGAUUGCAGAGCUACAGCUCUUUUCAGAUAUUACUGACCCACCGGCUCUGCAAGCAUCCCAUACAAAGCUCAUGAUGGCUAGAAAGCAGCUAGCGCACUCGAACCAACUGCUUCAAAAUGUACAUAUCCGAAUAACGAGAAUGCAGGAGCAGCUCAAUCAGCCUAAAAGAACUAGAAAGUAGUUUGUUCCAUACCAUUUAUUCGUUCUUUGGCAAUUUACAAACACCUAUGUACAUAAAAUAUCAUACCAACACAACGAUAUGGCAAGGUCAGAGUUCGCCGUUUGCAUCUUUUCGCCAUUUCUCUAUCUCUUCCACCUUGCUCCAUUGGUGCUCUAGAUGUGCCUGGCGAAGAUUUUGAAGCAUCAGGGAACUCUUACUUCGAAUGACAUCUGCUUCAUCAGAAGAGUAAGUCUCAAUGUCGUCGUCCGGAAUAUCCCUCAUCAACCGUCCAUAAGGUGGCAGCAGAUUUUUAGC